CUACGGUAGCCAAGGAGUUAUUUGUGCUAAUUUAAAAGUGAAGGAUUUUUGUGAAAAAUUUAAACAUUCAAGCCCAAUAAAAGAUGUGUUCAUGCGGAGAUUGCCACUCAUGCCUUUUGCAUUCAUGUCACAGUCAUAGUCACAGUCACAGUCACAAGUGCUGUACUGGAUUAUCAUCAUGCACGUGUCUUUCGUGCUUAACAUGCAAGUAUAAGUCAUGUUAUGGAAAGUGUUCAAGGUGUGGAUUAUAUCAUUAUAGACAUCAACAUCAUCACCAUCACCACUCAUGCUACAAGUGUGAUCCCCUCUGCAGUUAUUGUUGCUGCAUAUAACUAAAAAGACCAAAACGUGCAU